AAAAGGAGGGGGAAAGGAAGAGUAAGGAUUACCUGCGCAUUUGUGCUCUUCUUAAAUAAACCCUCGCUUGGGGUUUGUAAGUGGACGUGGCAUGUUCACAAAGCAAACGGAAGACCUCACGGAGCUUAUAUUCCUUGCUCAUGCAUAUUUGAAUAUUUAGUAAAAGCACACCAAAAGAUUUCUCAUUAUUUUUAUUUUUCUGAGUGGAUCAAAUGUUGGUUGUCUACUUUAUGUAGGGGAAAAAAGAAUUUUGUUGUGGGGCACUAUACGUGGAAUGAUGAAGAGGAUUGAAAGUAAAAGGAGCAGCAUAUUUGAUAUCUAGUGCGUGGAGUUUGUAUUUGUUUGCUUAGCCGAAAAAAGUAGGCCAAAGCCACUGGAUAUGUCUCAAGCUCAUGGGAAUCGUUGAGAACUUCAAUAUGGAUAUGAUCUGUAAUUGUUAUCCACCUUUGAUAGCAACCAGGCUUAUUAGACUUUUUUGAAACCUCAGUUGUUCUCAACAACGUGAUAUAUUCUUUCCAUAGAUUUGGUUAAGGUGGAGGUGAAUUACUGCUAGAAGACGGAUAUUUGGAACCCUGAGCUCUAUUUUCGGAAACCAGUGGUUUGUUUCUGAUUCUUUCAAGUUCUAGGGAAUAAUCUUUAAAGGGUAGCAACAAUGGUAAGCAUGCUAGUUUUGUUUCUUAUGUGAAGGGAAAGUCAGCAGUGUUGGCUUUUUUGAGUGCUGUGGCAAUGAAAACUAUGAGCUACAAAGAAGAGGGCGCAUUUGUGGGAAAGGGCAGCUUCCUCCCACAGUCCUCUGGUAUGUCCUGGUGGAAUGGAGGAAACUGCUGUCCUGUGUCACCAGCUGCAUGUGUCGGAAAAAACACAGUCAGAGAAUGAAGGUGUGAAUAUGGGGCCGAUGAGAUUGCAGUUCUUGUCAACUCAAUCAGGUUAUGACGGAACCACUGGGAAUGAUCAGCAACAUCAGCAGCAUUCAGUGACACCGGUUCUUGAUUUGGCUUCAUCUGAAUACCUUCAUUCAAUUGGUCGCACAGCCUAUCCUUGUUCAGAUCCUUACUAUGGGGGUAUUUUAACUGCUGGGGGUAUUCUGACUGCUUAUGGAGCCCAGACAAUGGUUCAUCCCCACAUACUUGGGGUGCAGCAAGCUCGCAUACCUUUGCCAUCAGAUGUCAUUGAAGAUGAACCGGUUUAUGUCAAUGCAAAACAAUACCAUGGAAUUUUGCGGCGCCGUAAAUCUCGUGCCAAAGCAGAAUUGGAAAAUAAAGUCCCUAAAAUCCGGAAGCCAUAUCUACAUGAGUCUCGUCAUCGUCAUGCAAUGCGACGGGCAAGGGGAUGUGGUGGCCGCUUUCUUAACACAAAGAAGUUAGAUUCAAAAGUUGAUGCUCUGAAUGGAAAGUUAUCAGGACUGCAUGAACAGUCACUUAGUUCAUCAGGGUCUGAAGCUUUGAAUUCUGAAAAUGGAAAUACAAGUUCUGCACAGGAGGCACAGGGUAAUUCUGCACUAUCAGGCUCAGAAGUUACAAGCUUGUCACAGUCCUCUACUGAUGUAACAAGCUACCAUUAUUCACAAGGUGUAUCGUAUCUUAAUCACCAACCCAGCUCACAUUUCCAUCUGUUGGGCUUUCAUCCUCUUUCAGAUGGGAAUGAUGAAGUUGUCAGCAGGCAAGGUGGGGGUUAUCCAAUGAGAUGGAUUGCAGCAGAGGGUUGCUGCAAUCCAAUGAAAGUUUGAUAAGGAAAGUUGGUUGGGCUCUCAUUUGCAUUGAUAGGCGUUUCGUUUAAUUUGGGUCCUGUAGAUGAUGGGGGAAAUUUGCCUCAAUUAUAGAAAGUGAAAUAUUUGAACAGAGAUGAAGCUCACUUACAGUUUGGGGUUCUAUUUUUCCCAUUAUCACGAGCUCAAAGGUGCAUGCUUACUGCAUUUGAGAGUCUUUUCAUGGAGGUAGCCAGAUGGAGGAGUCCGUUGCAUUAAAACAUGUUUCUGAGAUGGUGCAACUGUCAAAAGUUAUCAAUGCCAUUUUCUGCUUCGGGCUUUGUUCAAGAGAUUGAGCUAUUCCACCUGGUAUUUCCAAGGGCAAAUCAUUCUUGGCUGGUUCUUUUUAAAACAAUUUCGUCAUAUCCUAGUAUAAAUAACUAUUUGUCCAGGACAAUGUGAUUUAAACUGUCACAUCUGGAUUAUUGCAUGUGUGGUUUUGCGUAGAAUUGAGUGCAACUCUUAUGCUAAUAAUUAGAAAAACACUAUAUGUAACAAACUUGGUUUUCUCUUGUAUAAAACUAUUCCAUGGGAUGGAAAAAAAACUCAUCAGUAUGACAGUAUGUUGUAGCAAACUUCUUAUGUAUCCUAUCUGUUUGGAACAAUAAUAUAUAUUAUAAUAUGGUUUGAUA